AUGAUGCUGCUGUACCGUGUUGGACGAGCGUGUCAUGUGCUUGUGCUGGUGUUGUGUUUGUCUGCAGCUGAGGACUUCGACUGGACAACGAACAACCACGACUCCUUCUAUUAUGGCACUUUUCCAACUGGAUUUUCGUGGGGCGUCGGCAGUUCAGCCUAUCAAACAGAAGGAGCCUGGGACAAAGAUGGAAAAGGACUGAGCAUCUGGGAUGUGUUCACUCAUAAGAAAGGAAAAAUAUUCCUGAACAAUACCGGAGACUCUUCAUGUGAUGGAUACUACAAAGUUAAGGAGGAUGUCUCGUUGAUGAAAGAACUGAACCUAAAUCACUAUCGGUUCUCAAUCUCUUGGCCCAGGAUCAUCCCAACAGGAAUCAGGUGUAAGGGAGUGAAGUUUUAUAAUGCUCUUAUUGAUGAGCUGCUUGAAAAUAACAUUACUCCCAUAGUGACCAUGUAUCAUUGGGACCUACCUCAGGUCUUGCAGGAGAAGUAUGGAGGAUGGCAGAACAUCAGCAUGGUUAAUUAUUUUAAUGACUUUGCCAACCUUUGCUUUGAGCGAUUUGGGGACCGUGUGAAACACUGGAUAACCUUCAAUAACCCAUGGUCAGUGGCAGUUGAAGGAUAUGAGACUGGAGAACAUGCUCCAGGACUGAAGCUCAUGGGCACUGGAGCCUACAGAGCAGCUCACCACAUCAUUAAGGCACACUCCAAGGUAUGGCACACCUACGAUUCUCAGUGGCGAAGCAAACAGAGAGGUAUGGUGGGGAUUUCAUUAUCUGGGGACUGGGGAGAACCUGUGGACAUCACAAAUCAAAAGGACAUUGAGGCUGCUGAGAGAUACGUCCAGUUUUACAUAGGCUGGUUUGCUACACCCAUUUUCCACGGAGACUAUCCUCAAGUGAUGAAAGAUUUCAUAGGCAGGAAAAGUGCACAGCAGGGAUUGGGAACAUCUCGUCUCCCAACCUUUUCCUCUCAAGAGAAGAGCUACAUCAAAGGCACCUGUGACUUUCUAGGCGUGGGCCACUUUACGACGCGCUACAUCACCCAAAAGAAUUUCCCCUCAACCCGCAGCAACACCUACUUUACAGACCGUGACAUAGCAGAGCUGGUUGACCCAAAAUGGCCUGAUCCUGGUUCAGAGUGGCUCUAUUCUGUUCCUUGGGGUUUCCGUCGACUGCUUAACUUCAUAAAGACUCAGUAUGGUAACCCAAUGAUCUUCAUCACCGAGAAUGGAGUGUCAGAGAAGGUGAUGUGCACUGAGCUGUGUGAUGAUUGGAGAAUACAAUAUUACAAGGAUUACAUCAAUGAGAUGCUCAAAGCUAUAAGGGAUGGAGUCAAUGUAAAGGGCUAUACUGCCUGGUCUCUGCUGGACAAGUUUGAAUGGGAUGAGGGCUAUUCAGAGAGGUUUGGACUGUACUAUGUGGACUUCAAGAACAAAAAUAAACCACGUUACCCCAAGGCCUCGGUUCAGUUUUAUAAACGCAUCAUUGGUUCUAAUGGAUUCCCCCAUCAGAGAGAGGUGGAGAACUGGAGAAGAAAGGCUACAGAGACUUGCUCAUCCAGCAAUCAGCUCCUGGCUGCAGAUCCUUUAACUAGCCACAUGGAGAUGGUGACUGAGAUUGUGGUUCCCACCGUGUGCACUCUCUGUAUUCUGAUGAGUGCCAUUUUUCUCAUGUUCCUGCUGCGUAAACGCAACUAGUACAGUGUUUUUUUUUAUAUUCUGCUAUUAAAGGGACACUCCACUUUU